GUACAUGAGGUUACAAACAUAUAACAUAGGUAGUGGAUUCUUUUUUAUCGUUUCCCAAAAACUUAUGGUAGGUACCUCUACCUACUACGACCAAGUUUCAAGAAAAUGUAAGUAUCAUGAACCCAAAUAUUUUUCCUACAUAUCCAUAACUAGUUACCUAUUGGUAAUUUCGCUGUGAAUGGUUACCUACCUAUCGAAUGAACGCGCUUAGUAGAUAGUAUGCGGUGCUUACAUGCAGACAGUUCUUUUUCCUGACAAAAUUUGUAAAACAGAUUGAACUUGAUCGCCAUCCAAGUACGUAGGUAGUACAUACUUCACAUUGCUACAGAAUGCGGUUUUCGUGUGCAUUUUUACUGUACACAUUAAUCGGAUGUAGUACCUUGAGACUGGUUCAGCUAACAUCAAAAUCAGGUAGAUCUCAAUUGUAUUUCAAUAGAUUAAAAAUACCAAAGAAAACGCCAGAUCCGAUAAAUAUAAACAGUACUGCAGUUCUAAAGGUUGGUGGUUUAAGCCCGUUCACUCUGCAUGCAAAUUUAGCCGAUAAGGUGAUCGUGACAAACAAUGGAAAAUUAGUUGAAAUAAUACUUGAGCAACCAUUCACUCUUUCUCUGGUCACUGGUGGUGUUCUGGGAAAGGACAAAUAUCGAUUCAAAAAAAUCAAAUAUGUUUGGACCGACAAUACGAAGGGUAUCGCUGCAACAACAGUCGACGGGAAAGGGUAUCCUUUGGAAAAUAUCGCUACCUUCUAUAAUCAAAAAUAUGGCUCAUUUGAAAAUGCCUUGAAACAUCGGGAUGGGCUGGCUGAAGUUGAUUUUCGUAUUGCUAUAUGCUCGGUUCCAAAUUUAUUGUUUGAUAAAUACAUACCAAUAUUAAAACAAGUACAAAAGGCUGGAUCGACUGCAAAAACCACUCUUGGUACUGCUAUAGCAUGGUUUGCUGCUAAUAGUUUCAUCCCUCCAUUCGCUAGUUACUACAGUUAUCCAGGAUCAUAUUUUGAUGAAACGACAGGCAAAAGAUACUACAGCGCCACAGUUAUAGUUCUCCCUCAUGCCUUUCGAAUGUGUUUAACUCCUAAACAGUAUCAAGAGACAUUUGGAUCGUUUAAGAAUUCUUCCGGACAACCGUUGACAAAUACAGAAUCGCAGUUUCCACGCAAAAUGCCAGUUGUGCAAGCAAGAGGAAUAUUGAAUUUCAAUUUUUUUGUGUAACAUCUGUAAUCAAUACGGCUCAGGAAUGUUAACAAUCUGUAGGUUCCUGUGUGUUUUUUUUCUCACUCGGACGGACAAAGUUUUGUGGCAGAAAUUUUGUUUAAACUUUUCAAUUGUGCAAAAAUUAAUUUUCUUAAAAUUCAAUGAAUUCCAAAAGAUAUACCUACUUGAAAAUACAAACUGGACAGAAAUAUCGUGAACCCCUAAAACAGUCUUCUGCUAAAUAUCUCGGUUGGUCACAGUGAAUGAUAAUAAUGAUGCAUAUGAUUGGUUGUUAGACUGAGAUGAAAACUUUCCACCAACCAAUAACCAUAUGCAUUUAUUUCACGUUGCCAACCUAUAUUUUUAAUGCAUGAAAAACUUUCUCUGGGGUUCACGAUAUUUCUGUCCACCCUGUAAUGUGGUCUAUCUUCAAUAUUGGUAACUCUCGGUUCAUUUUUUCGAAGGAAUCUUCUCAGAGUUUUCUUCUUUUCCGUUCGAAAAAUGAAAUGAUAAGUGAUGACAAAUUCGAACGAGGAUUAUCACCAACAUUGAACUUGGAUAGAUAAAAAUUUGCUUAAUUUGACACUUUUGAAACUUGAAGUUGAUUCUUCUAUCAAACUACCUACUUUGUCAGUAUUCUCAUUUUCUUCCCAAGUAAAAUGAGUAGAUUGGUCUAUGUUACUAAUUUAUACAAUUGUUAAAUAUUUACACAAAACAUCUAACUAACACAAUUUUUUUAUUAUUGUGUUAUCAUGACCGAAGAUGAGCGUUCAAUUAGGCAUACGAGUAUUAUGCGCGGUCUGAUUUCAUUCUGCGACCUAAAUAAAUCACACACACAAUGUAUCUACCUACUCUAGCUCUCAGUGUAAAAUAUGAUACGUACUUAUCUACAAGAAUGUUCUUUAUAUGACAUCUGAUUCCUUUGAUGAUCCAAUGAUUUCGAAAAAUGCGAUUCAAUUUCGUCUACCUACUCUGUGCUCUAACAUUGCAAUCGCAUUUUAGCGAAGGUGCUAAAAUAUUAGGCAUAUUUCUCGUUGAGGCUCAAAGUCAUUUUUCUUACAAUAAUGCUGUGAUGAGAAGCUUAAUAGAAGUCGGACAUGCAGUCACUAUUAUCACUCCAUUUCCCGAUCAAGCUGCUUCAGAAAAUUAUACAUCAAUAAUUGAUGUUUCCCCGAAAGAAAAACGUUUCGUAGGAACAUCUACUCCAGACGAAUAUGUUAUGCAAAAUGUUAUGAAAUUCAUGGAUUUAAUGAUUGAAAGUGAUGUGCCAUAUUGCAACAAAAUCAUAAAUUUACCAGAAAUUCAAAAAAUUUUAAAAUCCAAUGAAAAGUUAUACGAUGUGGUAUUCGUGGAAAUUAGUUUUUUGUACAAAUGUUUUUUACCGGUUGCUGAAAAAAUGAAAGUCCCCAUCAUCGGAACAAUAGCAAUAAGAACUUGGCUAUAUGCUGAUUACGUAAUGAAUAAUCCUAAUCAUCCUGCAUACAUUCCUAACGAAUUAACGGUCCAUAAGUGGAAAUUAAGUCAUGUUUUUGGACGAAUCAUAAAUGUAUGGAAUCACAUUGCAGUAGCAUGGUAUACGAAUUUUAUUGUGCCACCACUGAUAGAAAGCUUUCAUACAAAUCAUGCUGAUAAACUUCAAUCUCUGGGAAAAUACAAGCAUAUGGAACCUGAUUUGAUUUUUUAUAAUAAUCACGAAUCUAUAUUACCCAAGCCAUCGAACCCAAAUGUCAUCAAUGUCGCAGGAAUACACGUGAAAGACUCUAAACCUCUGCCAAAGCAUAUUCAAAAAUUUAUAGACGAAGCUAAACAUGGAGUGAUUUUAUUCACAUUUGGUUCAGUUGUUCGAGCAACCACUAUGAGUUCAGAAAUGAAAAACGCUUUCAGAGAUGCUUUUGCUGAAAUACCACAAAGAGUGAUUUGGAAAUUUGAAGCGGAACUCGAAAAUACUCCCGAUAACGUUAUGCUGAUUGAUUGGUUACCACAACGUGAUAUCUUGAAACAUGAAAAUGUGAUUGCCUUCAUCAGUCAUUGUGGUUUAGGAGCUACCAACGAAGCUCUUUAUACAGCAACACCGGUGAUAGCUUGUCCAUUAUUUUGUGAUCAACCAGACAAUGCUGAACUGCUAGAAAACCUAGGAGUUGCAGUACAUCUUGAUUUCCACGACAUUACUAAAGAAAGUGUUCUAAAAGCACUCAAACAAAUUACAAACGACAAAAGGUAUUAUAAUAAUAUGCAAAGGGUUUCUGCAGUAUUUAAAGAUCGACCAAUGACACCACAAGAAAGUGUCGUGUAUUGGACCGAGUACGUGAUCAGGAAUAACGGAGCAUCUCAUUUCAAAACUCCAGCAUCUCGAUUGUACUUAUUCCAAUACCUAUUAUUGGAUGUCGUAUUUAUUGUUGUAUUAUUUUUAGGUAUUGUUUUGUAUCUGAUUAAUCGAAUUUUUAAAAGUUUCUGUUACUAUUUCAACCCUAGUAAUACUGGUAAGACAUCUAAUAAACCUCAAAGUAAAAAACUUUAGAUCAGCUUUUAAAAUUUCAAAAAAUAUCUACAUUCUUAAGUAUCUACAUGACAUGUUGUAGUUAUGUUUUAGGAUACGAAUCAUGAAAAAAUUAUUCUUAAAAAAUGUGUAUCAUCUGUUAAUUUUGUUGUACUACGUCGUAGAAAUUGUUCGGAUGUAAUUCACAGUUUAGUUCAAUAAAAUAUCUGUCUCAUUUUC